AUGGCCCGUACCAAACAGACAGCUCGUAAAUCGGUUGGUGGAAAGGCACCACGGAAGAAAUUAGCAACCACGGCCGUAGGAACCGUAGCUCUGAGAGAAAUCUGUCAUUACCAAAAAAGUACCGAACUUUUGAUCAGAAAACUACCAUCUCAGCCUCUGGUUCGUGAAAUCGCACAGGACUUUAAGACCUCUCUUCGAUUCCAAAGCUCUGCUGUUAUGGCUUUGCAAAAACCAAGCGAGGCAUAUUUGGUUGGUCUCUUGGAAGAUACCAAUCCUUGUGCCAUUCAUGCCUCAUUGAUAAUCAUUAUGCCCAAAGGUAUACAAUUGGCCAGACGCAUCAGGGGUGAACAUGUUUAA